GCGACAUCCCGUCGAACCCCGGCACUCAAUAACCCGUUAAAAGUAUUAAUCCUGUGUAGGUAAUUCCUUAUCGCGAGUCAGCGAGUGUGCGUCCAAACGUCACACGAGCUGCGAUUGUACGAUGGGGAAGAAUUAACAACAAGUGUGCGCCUUCGGCAGUAUUACUAAAUAUCUUGGUGUCCCUUUGGAGAUUUUCUCUUCGUGGGCGAACAGAAUUGAGACAUGUCGGUUUAGUCGUUGGAUUUUUUUUUGUAUGAAAGUCGUUGGAUUUUUCACUGCGUAUUCUGGUAGCGCAGCCAUACUAAGGGAGUACUUUUGCAAGUUAUGCUGACAAUAAUUUGCUUUCGGCAAUAAAAUUAUGUUAUCCAAAGCGGAGAAAAUCCUAAAGAAUCAGCACAUCCCCAUCCUCCAUACAGUGCCCGGUCCGUCCACCAGGAUGGCGAGCGGGACAGCGCAGCGCAUCCUGAUCGCUGCUCUAAUAAUCCUCGUCGCCGUUGGUUAUCUCUUAUUAGCACUGCGUCUACCGACAUCCAGCUAUUUUGCGCGUCAUUUCACCUGUAUUCGAUCAACAUCACCCUGGAAGGAUACCAAUCCGAAGUGUGCGUCCACAAAAGCCACCGGCGCAGAGCCGGACGCCGACAUGGUCCGGCUGCGUGGCGACUUGCAGCGGCGCCUGUCUGGUCGGAUGGAAGCGGCUAAGCGAUACCGCCGACAGCUGCGCCAGGCCUUCCCGACGGUCUCCAACAACACGCUGACCAGCAGCGCUGCCUCCGCGGCCCGCUUCCUGACGUACAACUACCGGCCGAUCCUGGACGCGGGACUGGGCAACUUCCUGUUCCAGACGGCCACGCUGGUGGGCUGUGCGCGACAGAACCACCGCAUCCCGGUCCGCAUUGCCCACGACCCGCGGACGGACUUGUUCGAAGGAAUGGACAUGGCUUACAUUGACCCGGCGCUCCUCUUUCCCAACAAUUCGCUGGCCGCGCGGACUCUGGGCGACUUGGGUCCGGGACGAUUCACUCCCGUCUUUCACAACGUGAGUUCGCGCUUCCCCGACAGCGCCGCGGCGUUAUCCGGGUACGGCCAAUCCUGGAAGUACUUCCAUUCUGUCGGCCCCGAGAUCCGCGCGCUGUUGACCUUUAAGGAGACCAUUCAACGGGAAGCUGUCAACGCCAUCCUAGAGGGUGUGAAGAGCUUGCGCCAGCAUGGCACGCUGACUGCCGACAGUCACCGCCAGCGGCCGGUGCGCGUGGGGAUCCAUGUGCGCCGGGGCGACAUCAUCAGCAACGCCGGGUUCGCCGCUCACGGCCACGUGGCCGCCACGGAGGAGUACCUGCUGCGCAUGGCGCUGCGCAUGCAGCGCCGCUACCCGCACGCCGUCUUCUUCGUCCUCAGCAACGACCUGGACUACUGCCGGCGGCUGUUCCGCGAACCCAACGUCGUCUUCGUCGCCGGGAAGCCGGCCGCCGUGGACCUGGCCGUCCUGACCUUUAUGGACGUGCUGGUGCUGAGUGUGGGCAGCUAUGGAUGGUGGGCGGCGUACCUGAGCGACGCGCAGGAGGUCGUUUAUUUCAAGGACUGGCCGCGGAACGGCAGUGAGUUUGCGCGGGGUUUAGAAGCGGACGACUACUUCCUGCCGGCAUGGCACGCUGAUAAUUAGCCGGCUGACGGCGCAGCACCGCCCAGCACAGGUCACCAGCGACAGCAGAAUUCAACUAUGGUGCUAUUUGUCAGACCGUCUGGUUUUUUUAUUGCGUACUUCUGCGUGCUUUCAGAAAAAUGCUUCUGAUAUGGUACUCGUAAUAUUUGUUUUAUAAUUUCCAGUGAGUAGCUCUUAUUACUGAUGAAAUGAGAUCAUUGUGUAAGUAGAAUUACUGUGUUAUGCUUCGAUCAGUUU